CACUCUUGCUAUGCAUAUCGAUAUCCCGGAUGUGAAUCCAUGCUCAUUAUGUGGAAAAGAGAUUUAUUCACUCGCAUCGAACCCUUCACACAAAGAAUUUACCCUAGCUUCAUGUGGGCACAUUUUUCACUAGAAGUGUCUCGAAAAGUAUCUGAUUUUUUUAAAGAAAAGCCAAUGGAUUCGGAGAAUCAAACUCCCGUGGAUGAUGAUGUAACACUAAUGGACGAACUAGGAUUAUUAGGUGGAGAGAAACAAAGUUUGUCCAAGACUACUAGGAUCACUAAAGAAACUUUCAACCAGGCAACUAGCUCUAUUAAGGUUGUGAGCACUACACCUGGCAAUUCUGACAAUUUGGAUGACUCGAUUUCAAAGGACACUAGCAGUCAAAUCCAACAUGUAUAUGAGUAUGUGUAA